AUGGGUAAGGAGAAGAUGCACAUCAACGUGGUCGUUAUCGGCCACGUCGAUUCCGGAAAGUCCACCACCACCGGCCACUUGAUCUACAAGUGCGGUGGUAUUGACAAGCGUACCAUCGAGAAGUUCGAGAAGGAAGCCGCCGAACUCGGUAAGGGUUCCUUCAAGUACGCAUGGGUCCUCGACAAGUUGAAGGCCGAGCGUGAGCGUGGUAUCACCAUCGACAUUGCUCUCUGGAAGUUCGAGACUCCCAAGUACUAUGUCACCGUCAUUGACGCCCCCGGUCACCGUGAUUUCAUCAAGAACAUGAUCACUGGUACCUCCCAGGCCGACUGCGCUAUUCUCAUCAUUGCCGCCGGUACUGGUGAGUUCGAGGCUGGUAUCUCCAAGGAUGGCCAGACUCGUGAGCACGCUCUCCUCGCUUACACCCUCGGUGUCAAGCAGCUCAUCGUUGCCAUCAACAAGAUGGACACCACCAAGUGGUCCGAGGAGCGUUACCAGGAGAUCAUCAAGGAGACCUCCAACUUCAUCAAGAAGGUCGGCUACAACCCCAAGCACGUUCCCUUCGUCCCCAUCUCCGGUUUCAACGGUGACAACAUGAUUGAGGCCUCAUCCAACUGCCCCUGGUACAAGGGUUGGGAGAAGGAGACCAAGGCCAAGGCCACUGGUAAGACCCUCCUCGAGGCCAUCGACGCCAUCGACCCUCCCAGCCGUCCUACCGACAAGCCCCUCCGCCUUCCCCUCCAGGAUGUUUACAAGAUUGGUGGUAUUGGCACGGUGCCCGUCGGUCGUGUCGAGACCGGUAUCAUCAAGGCCGGUAUGGUCGUCACCUUCGCCCCCGCUGGUGUCACCACUGAAGUCAAGUCCGUCGAGAUGCACCACGAGCAGCUCACCGAGGGUGUCCCCGGUGACAACGUCGGCUUCAACGUCAAGAACGUCUCCGUCAAGGAGAUCCGUCGUGGUAACGUUGCCGGUGACUCCAAGAACGACCCCCCCAAGGGUGCCGAGUCCUUCAACGCCCAGGUCAUCGUCCUCAACCACCCUGGUCAGGUCGGUGCUGGUUACGCCCCAGUCCUCGACUGCCACACUGCCCACAUUGCUUGCAAGUUCUCUGAGCUCCUCGAGAAGAUUGACCGCCGUACCGGAAAGUCUGUUGAGAACUCUCCCAAGUUCAUCAAGUCCGGUGACGCCGCCAUCGUCAAGAUGGUUCCCUCCAAGCCCAUGUGCGUUGAGGCUUUCACUGACUACCCUCCUCUCGGUCGUUUCGCUGUCCGUGACAUGCGUCAGACCGUUGCCGUCGGUGUCAUCAAGUCCGUCGCCAAGGCCGACAAGGCCGGCAAGGUCACUAAGGCCGCCCAGAAGGCUUCCAAGAAAUAA